AUGCCCUCACGAACACCCUCACCUGCUCCACGGGGUCGCUCCCGAGUUUCACGUUCACGAACACCAUAUUCUAGCGCAUCUCGUUAUUCAAGGUCGCGCAGCCGUUCUCCUCGCCGUUCGAUUUCUCCCCGUUCGAGAUCUAGAUCGGGAGGUAGAGCGAGUCGUUCUAGAAGUGUAGCUGGUACUGGUAGAAAUGGAGGUGGCAGAUACAGAAGUGAAAGUAGGGGGAGGAGUUUAAGUCCUAGAGGACGAAGCAGAACUCGAAGCAGAAGCCGGGAGAGAAGUGAGAGUGCCGUCGCUGGCGUGAGGAGUACUAAGGUUGUUAUUGAGAAACUUACAAAAAAUGUUACUGAAGAUCAUCUUCGUGAAAUAUUUGGUAGUUAUGGUGAGAUUAAAGAUUUAGAUGUACCCAUGAACAGAAGUUUCAAUACCAAUCGCGGUACCGCUUAUAUCCUUUACGUUUCCGCAGAAUCUGCCGAAUCCGCCAUAGCACAUAUGCAUGAAUCACAGCUCGAUGGCGCCAUUAUAAAUGUAUCAAUUGUUUUACCCCGCCGCAAGUUUAGCCCACAACCACCCAUGGCUCGUCGUGGAGUAAAUAUUGAUCCAAGAAUUCCGCUUGGCAGUGGUAGGAGUUCUCGUGGUGGUUUCGAUUCUAGAGGUAGUGGAGGUGGAACGGGAGGAGGAAGACUGGUGGAUAGGGAUAGAGGUGGUGAUACUUAUAGACCUGGCGAAAGAACUCGUGAGAGAUCCAGAAGCCCCCGGAGACACAGAACGAGAAGUCGAAGUUUGAGUAGUCGAUCACUAUCGAGAUCACCGUUACCGAGGAGAGAUAGAGUAAGAGACAGGCGAGAUAGUUUUGGAGGUCGCGGAGGCAGGGGUGGAAGAGAUAGGGAUGGAAGUAGAGAUGGUAGAAGGAGGAGAAGUCCUAGUUAUAGUAGCUAUAGUAGCUAUGAUGACAGGAGUCGAAGUAGAAGUCGGGGUCGUGGUGGAGGUGGUGGCGGAAGGGGAAGACGUUAA